AUGGAGGAAGUGGAAGAAGGAUGGGACUCUCUGACAAUCGCUAGCGGACUUGUGAUUAUCGGAUUUGUCUUGUUCAUGGUCCGGCGAUUCAUCAAAGGUGCCCAAUUUACGGAGAAGGUUUCGGUGAAAGGAAAAGUCGCCCUGGUGACUGGCGCCAGCUCCGGAAUUGGUCGACAAAUAGCCAAGGAGUUGAAUUUGAAGGGGGUUAAGGUGUACUUGUUGGUCAGAGAUAUUGGCCGAGGGAAUGAUGCGGUUCGAUGGAUGGUCAAAUAUGGAUGUGACACUACAAGAUUGUUGGUUCGACAAUGUGAUCUAGAUGAUUUUGAGAAUGUCAAAAAGUUUGUCAGCGAUUUUGACAAGGGUAAGACUUUCGUUUUUAUUUUUUGUGAAGUUCAGGUACAUUAUUUCUGAAAAGACCCAAGUUCUCAUGGAGAAUAUAAUUUUAGAAGAGGAUCACGUCGACAUUUUGAUCAACAAUGCUGGAUGCAUGUUCAUCCCAAAGUUUACGACGACCAAAGAUGGAAAUGAAAAGGUUUUACAGUCCAAUUACUUGGGUGAGUUUAGAAUGUCAAGUGCAGUAUAAAAACGGCCAAAACUUGAACUAAUCUUGUAUUUUAGGUCAUUUCCUGUUGACUGAGCUCCUAUUACCCAAGUUGGAAGCUGCUCCGAGUGCCAGGAUCGUUAAUGUGAGCAGCGCUUUACAUACGAGAGCUGAUACCACCGACUUGGAGAGGAUGAACAAGAAGCAAGAGUAUGGAGUUGUUAGCAGCUAUGCUCGUUCUAAGCUGGCUAAUGUAAGUUUCGAAGGAAUAAAAAGUUCAAAUUUGGAGGAUAAUGUAUAAAAAAUUACAUUACACUAGACAAAAGAUGGUGUAAAUUUGAGAUUUUUGGUCAUAAAUUUAGAUGGUUGCACUUUGCAGACUUCUAAAAUUGAUUCUUAGUGUGGGAAUAGUCUCUAGGAAAAAAACGAGACCUAAAAUACCUUUUUUGUCCAAACAAAACUACUAUAAUAUAACUUCAGGUCCUUCAUGCCGUCGAAUUUACAAAACGCUUGCGCCGAAGAAGCAGUGGGACCAAGAUCACAAUCAAUUCUUGUCAUCCAGGCGCUGUGGACACUGACUUGGUUCGAAUUCCCAUUUAUCAAAACUUUGUGAAGAAGAUUUUCAAAGUUUUCAUCUGGUUUUUCAUGAAGACUGAUCAGGAUGGGGCUCAGACCCCUCUGUUUUGUGCGUUGAGCAAAAAGCUGGAAGGAGUCAGUGGCAAAUACUUUGCGUGAGUUGUUUUAGAGAUUAUUAAUUCCUAAAAUAGGGCAUUUUUUGCUUAUUUUUACCUAAAAUAAGAUGGGAUUUCGAAAAAAAUGUGGAAUUUUGGUUAUAACACAGUAGAAACGCAGUGAAAUCCAAAUAUUUUUCCGAAUUAAACCAAUUUUUUAUUUUUCAGUGAUUGCGCUGAAGCCAAGCCUCAUCCCUGGGCAUCCGAUGACGACAAAGCCGAGGUUCUUUAUAAUCAAUCCUUGGAGUUUUGCAAAAUACAGCCAAACUGA